AUGUGUCUCGCACACAUUUUAUUUCUCGCGAUUUUAUUCGAUCCUCUUGUUGCAUUUAAUUCAAAACGAAUUGAAGAAAUCAAUUGUAGAUUGUUUAACGUAGCUCCGCCCGGAUCGAAGUAUUUGAGGAAUAUCGACUUCAUUGAGAGGGACCCCGCGACUAAUUAUCCUUGGAAUUUUUGUGACAAGAAUUGGACGGAUAUCACAAGGGAAAUAUCACCUGGUUAUAACUUUCUCACUGAUGAAUGGGCUUAUAUGCAGCAUGAAUGCGACCCGAAUAAUCCAUCGGGGGUAUUUAUGGGCGGGCCGCAAAAUUACACUGGCAUGGGUCUCCAGCUUACAGGAUUGGAUAGGCAUAGGGUAGUACCUCGGCCAUAUGUUCAGGAUCACGGACACAGAUGGCGCGAAAAGGUUGAACCAGGAACUAUUUCUUUUGACAUAUCACCAGAUUGCAACCAAGAGGUGAAGAUAAAUGAGGACGAAAUGGAUCUUGAACGUCGUACUUGGGGCUCUUGGAGCCAACCUGGAACCACAAUCAAAAUGAAUUUUGACAAUGCAUUUAGGGGAUAUAAUACACAUGAAAAUGACUAUGAACUGUUAUACCCAAUAUCCAGCAAAUACGAGGAUAUGCAAACCUGGCCCUUGUACUAUGAUAAGCCCUCAACCACAGUCCCCGUGCCUGAAAUUGAAUGGAUACUAGCGGCAUUAGGCCGCUUCAUUGGAUAUAUAUCUGACCCUAAUUGGAGCACAGAUAGAUUAUUGUCCAAGCAGAAAAGGUUGUUGCGUGAAUGGGACGAGGAGGAGGAGUUGUGGAAGAAGACCAGAAAAACUAUCCACCUGAAACGCAUUGAACAUAUCAAAAAUAUGUUAUUUUCUCCAAAUAGUGCUAUAAUGGGUAUUAAUACUGGCAAUCGUAAAGGCUCUGAGAAUAAGAUUGAAAAGCUCUGUCAAGAAGUGGCCAUGGAGAAUUCUAGGCGCAUAUUGAAGCAGCAAUUAACAGUAAAAGAAUGUGACCCUGAUUAUCUGCGUAAAAUAUAUAAUCGUAUAGACGUUUCAUUUGAGGCUGGAAGUGCAGAUUGCCCCGAGGCUGAGUGCAAAACUGAGUGUAUAAACGUCGUGGCAUAUACGCCCUAUGAAAUGCCAAAUUCGUGGUUUGAGAAUAUGACUGUUGAGGAAAUGGCUGAGGCUUACCACCAGUAUAUGAUUGAAAUACGCGGCCAUGGGAGGCACUACCUUAUGGAUGAGAUUCCAGGCGAGGAUAGAGAUAUGCAAUAUUCGCUCAGAAAUGACAUUUAUAAAUUCCCUAGGUUGGCAGCGGAGUACCGUCCCAUUUGGGCGAACAAGAAGUUCGGUGAGGAAUUUGGAGAUGCAAUACACGACCAACAUUUGGUACCCAUACAAACAAUGUCGACUUUUGGCUCUAAAAUUGACAAUUCCGGCAAAAAUGCGGAUCUAAACACCCUAAACUAUGCCAAAGAUUUUGAUUCAUACCGUAAAAUAAACUAUAAUAGUGAAAAUAACAGUUGA